GCUUGGUACCGCCCGGCCCCGCCCCCCGCGCGCGGCGGGGGCGGCUCUUAAAGGGGCCGCGGCGGCGCGGCGGGUGCGCGGCGCGGGCGGCGGCGGCGGCCCGGGGGGGCCAUGGCGGGGGGCGAGAACGUCUUCCUGUUCGUGCCCAACGUCAUCGGGUACGUGCGGGUGGCGCUGCUGGCCGCCGCCUUCUGCCUGAUGCCGCGGCAGCCGGGGCCGGCGGCCGCCUGCUACGGCCUCGCGGGGCUGCUGGACGCCGUCGACGGCCACGCCGCCCGCCUGCUGGGCCAGGGGACGCGGUUCGGGGCGCUGCUGGACAUGCUGACGGACCGCUGUGCCACCAUGGGGCUGCUGCUGCAGCUGGCGCUGCUCUACCCCCCCGCCGCCCCCCUCUUCCAGCUCAGCACCGCCCUCGACGUCGCCAGCCAUUGGCUGCACCUCCACAGCACCGCGCUCCGGGGCGGCCAGAGCCACAAGAGCGUCGGCGCCGGCGGCAACCGCCUGCUGCGGCUCUACUACAGCUCCCGGACCCUCCUGUUCCUGCUGUGUGCUGGCAACGAGGGCUUUUACUGCAGCCUCUACCUGGUGCACUUCAGCGAGGGGCCCCCCGUGCUGCCCGGCCGCCUGGGCCUCUUCCGCGCGGCGCUCUGGCUCUGCGCCCCGGCCGCCGCCGCCAAGGCCGCCCUCAACCUGCUGCAGCUGCUGGCGGCUGCCCGCGACGUCGCCGCCCUCGACGCUGCCGAGCGCGCCAAGAGGGGCUGAGCCCCCCCCGGUCCCCCCCCCCGCCGCCAAGUACCUCCCCGGGGCCCCAAAUACCCCCUGGGGGGGCUGCAAUCCCCCCCCAGGACCCCCAAAUACCCCCCCGGGGCCCCAAAUACCCCCUUGGGGGGCUGCAAUCCCCCCCAGGACCCCCAAAUACCCCCCCGGGGCCCCAAAAUACCCCCUGGGGGCCCCAAAACAUUCUUGGGAUCCCCAAAAUACCCCCUGGGGGGCUGCAACCCCCCCCCGGACCCCAAAAUACCCCCUGGGGGGGCUGCAACCGCCCCCCAGGACCCCCAAAACCUCCCUGGGUCCCCAAAACACCCCCUGGGGCCCCAAAAAUACCCCCCCGGGGGGGGGAGCCGCACAAUACCCUCUGGGACCCCCCCCUACACACAGACCCCAUCCCAGGGACCCCCAAAAACCCCCUGGGACUCCCAACCCCCCCAUGGGGGACCCCAAAACACCCCUGGGGACUCCCAACCCCCCCCCCAGGGGAACCCAACCACCCCCCCAGGACCCCCAACCCCUCUGGGGGACCCCAAAAUACCUCCCCGGGGGACCCCAAACCUCCCCCGGGACACUCCCAAUCCCCCGGGGUGGGGCCCCAAAACACCCCUCGGGGACCCCAAUCCCCCCCCCCACGGCUAAUAAACACUCCCAAAACCCGA